AUGAUCAGCGCGAAAGGCAAGAAGGAUCCCGAGUGCGUUAAGGUGGUUGUAAGAUGCAGGCCGAUGUCGAGGCGAGAGGUAGAGGACACCAGACAGCAGAUCGUGUCGAUCAACAUCGACACUGGUGAGGUUUCAGUCAGGAAUCCCGAGUCAGACAUCAAAGAAGCCCCGAAACCCUUCACGUUCGAUCAGGUGUUCGACUCCAACUGUGAGCAAGAGCAUGUGUUUCAAACCACCGCUCAGCCCAUCGUCGACUCGGUCCUGCAAGGAUACAAUGGGACCGUCUUCGCCUACGGGCAGACCGGGACGGGAAAGACGCACACGAUGGAAGGGUUGUGGGACCCGCCGGAGCAGCGAGGAAUCAUCCCACGAUCGUUCGCUCGGAUCUUCUCGGAGAUCGAUGAUACUCAUGAUCAGAACUUCCUCGUGCGCGCAUCAUUCCUGGAGAUCUACAACGAGGAGGUGCGAGACCUGCUGGCGAAGGAUCCCAAGAACAAGCUCGACCUCAAGGAAGACAACGACAGGGGCGUGUACGUGAAGGACUUGACGUCGUACGUGGUGAAGGGAGCGACAGAGAUGGAGAAUGUGCUGCUGGCGGGGAAGAAGAACAGAAGUGUGGGAGCGACGCUGAUGAACCAAGACUCCUCUCGCUCUCACUCCAUCUUCACCAUUGUUAUUGAAAGCUCAGCUGAAGGCUCGGAUGGGUCCCGGCACAUCCGAGCUGGGAAGUUAAACUUGGUGGACUUGGCAGGAAGUGAGCGACAGAGCAAGACGGGAGCGACUGGAGACCGACUGAAGGAGGCGACCAAGAUCAACCUGUCACUGUCCGCUCUUGGCAACGUCAUCUCAGCGCUUGUCGACUCGAAAUCUCAUCACAUCCCAUACCGCGACUCGAAGCUCACUCGCCUGCUCCAAGACUCGCUGGGGGGCAACACCAAGACCGUCAUGGUGGCAAACAUCGGCCCUGCGGACUACAACUACGACGAGACCAUCUCGACAUUGCGGUACGCCAACAGAGCCAAGAACAUCAAGAACAAGCCCAAGAUCAACGAAGACCCCAAGGACACGAUGCUGCGCGAGUUUCAGGAAGAGAUCGCAAGACUCAAGUCCAUGCUUGAGUCGCAACAGAACGACCCGGAAGUCCGAGGAGUGCAGGGGAGGCCUGACCCUGCCCCUCAGUUCACUGGACAGGAGAUGGUGAAGCAGAUGUCGAACAAGCAGCUGGAAAACAUCCAUCACGAGCUCGAGGAGCAGAAACUUGCUCUGCAAGCGGUUCGCGAGCCACGAGAGAAGUCAAGGAGAAAUGAAACGUUAGAUGAUGUCAGGCCGAAGAUAUUCGCGAAGAGGAAAGAGACAGAGCGGAAGAAGAGAUCCGCAAGAAGGUCCGUCCCUACCGACAUGUCCAAGCUCCAAGCGAUGCAAGAGAAGGUGGUGGUUGGGUCUGCCAACGCCGAGGAAGCUAGACGACGAGAGGAGGAGCUGGCGAGAGCUCAGAUGGAACUGGAAAGGAGGCGAGAGGAGCAGCAGCGGUUGAGCGAGCAGCUGCGAGAGCAGGUUGGAGAGACGUUGGCGAUGGAGGAGAAGUACGCCUCGAUCCAAGAGGAGGUGCAGGCGAAAACCAAGAAGCUCAAGAAGAUCUGGACGAGAUACGAACAGGCGAGGGCAGAAGCCGAAGACUUGCGACGAGAAAAUCAGAUAGAAAGAGAAGACCUGCUGCAAACCAUCCGGGAGAGCGAUCAGAGUAUCAAGCUGCUGAGCUUGAUCGUUCAAAAUUUCAUUCCUGACGAGGAGAGGAUGCGGAUCGAGUCGCUCUGCGAAUGGUCUCCUGACGACGAUCCUGGAACCUUCUGA